GUGGAGGCCCGGCGCGGUGAAAGGACAUGGCAAAUUGAAAUUACCAUCCACCUCUCCAGAAUCUUCGUUUUUGAUCACCAGACUUUUAGAGCCUUUAUCUCUCGCCUUUCUUCCUUCUGCCGUGCAACAAACGCAAGCCCAUUCGAUCGCCAUGGACGUGACAUGAAAAUCGCCGAGCACCUCUCCACCUCUUUUUUGCUCCUUUUACGGGGUUUCUUUGAUCUCUCCCCGACGAUCCGGCCGCUAUGAACGACGCCAGCGGGGAGCACAUCCAACGCCAUGUCAAGGAGUUUGAGCAGCAGGCCCCUGGCGGCAACGGCCAGGAUUGGAAGCUGGACAUGGGACGAGAGAUCCCAACUGCCCAUGCUCAUGUCGACCCAACACGCUGGUGGUUCGCCUCGUCGGCCUUCCCCAUGAUCGCUGGCACGCUUGGCCCCGUCGCCUCCGCCUUCAGCAUCUGCGCCCUCGUCCGCCCCUGGAGGCAGCGCCUGGCCCCCGGCGCAAAGGUCGACCAGGCCCCCUUCGUCGCCGACCCGACCUGGCUCAUCGCCGUCAACGCCAUCCAGCUGGCCGUCGCCAUCGUCGCGAACCUGUUCCUGCUGCUGAACAUGGCGAAGCGGAUCCGGUUCACCGUCGCCAUGCCCAUCACCAUCGUCGGCUGGUACCUUUCCGCCGCCUGCCUCGUGGCCCUCGUGGCUUCCGCGGCGGUCCACAUCACCCUCACCGAUCCCGACUCGGAGCACAUGUGGUCGCAGGCCUUUUGGUACGGCAUCUUUGCCGGCCUGCUGUACUUCAUCGUCGCCUCCCUCCUCGUCGUGACCGCCUGGGGCGCGAACAAGGGCCGCUACGAGAAGGAUUUCCAGCUGACGGCCAGUCAGCGCACGCUGAUGGUCCAGACCAUCAUGUUCCUCAUGUACCUGCUCCUCGGCGCCCUCGUCUUUUCCACCAUCGAAGGCUGGCAGUACCUUGACGCCGUCUACUGGGCGGACGUGACGCUGUUUACCGUCGGCUUUGGCGAUAUCCGCGCCACCACCACGCUAGGACGCGGCCUCCUUUUCCCUUACGCGCUCGUCGGCGUCAUCAGCCUGGGUCUGGUCAUUGGAUCGAUACGCAGCCUGGUGCUCGAGCGUGGCAGGAGGAUGCUUGGCGCCCGCAUGAUCGAGAAGAAACGGAGGGGGCUUAUCCAGUGCCUGACUGACCAUGACGAGCAAGGCAUUCUCACGCCAGUCAGAGACGAGAACGCCAAGGAUGCCGACGGUGAACGGCGCGGCGACGAUGGAUCUCCGAUACCGCCGAGAAGCACCAAGACAGGCUUUUCCGAGAUUCAACGCAGGGAAACCGAGUUCAGGCUGAUGCGCCGGAUACAAAAGUCCGCCGCCAAGAGAAGACGCUGGCUCGCGAUGGCGCUGUCGACCAGCACCUGGAUCCUGCUCUGGCUCUUGGGCGCCCUCAUCUUCAAGCACAGCGAGGAGCCGUACCAGGGAUGGACCUAUUUCGACGGCGUCUACUUUUGCUUCGUCAGUCUGACCACAAUCGGCUACGGCGACGUCACCCCGGUGUCGAACCCCGGCCGCGCCUUUUUCGUCUUCUGGUCUCUUCUCGCCCUCCCGACAAUGACGGUGCUCAUAUCCAACGCCGGCGACACCGUCGUCAAGGCCAUCCGCGAUACGACGAACCAGCUCGGCGGCAUCACCAUCCUCCCCGGCGACCAGGGCGCCCUGCGGGACUUCAAGGCCAUUUUGCACACCAUCUCGUGCGGUAUGCUCUUUGCCGAGGACGACGACGUCGAGGAGACCCCUCCUGGGUUCCUCGGCCAGGCUCGCAUCCGGCGGCUCUCCGACGAGGACGGGGAUUCUGAAGGUGACGAGGACUCUCGUAGCCUGCAGAAAUUCAGAUCGGAUGAGGCCCUCGCCGACGAGGAGCGCGUUCUGGAAGGGGCUUCUCGAGCAAGACGCAAAGCCCGUGGCAAACGCCCCGAAUCUGGGCCGAAUGGCGGCACAUCAGAGCCCAACCAAGCGCGAGACACCCACGCCCACCACAACAACGAUGGCAGUUCUACACAUAAAUCUUGGGGAUUAAAAUUUGCAUCCGCAACAGCAAACCUCGCCGGCGCCGCCACAAAGUCACCCAACCCGCAAGUCAGCAGCGCGAAACCUUCAGGCCUGCCACCGCCCCGCCCAAGAAUCUCGCUCCCUCCCAUCCCGCAGGACCCUGCCGACUAUCACAUCCUGCUGAUCGACGAGAUCGCCCGCGUGUCGCAGCACAUGAAGCACAAGCCGCCAAGGAAGUACAGCUUCGCCGAGUGGGCCUGGUACCUGCGGCUGCUGGGUGAGGACGAGGGCAGCGCCGAGACGCACAGGCGCGCCAGGCCGCACGUCCACGGGAGGAGCGGGCGGCGGCGUGCCGGGGCCGGCGGCAGCAGCAGCAGUGCCAACCACAGCGCACUCCGUUUGGCCGAGGAGGGCGGCGCCAGCAACGGGUCGGCUAGGCCGGGGGUUGACGGUGAUAAUGGGCAAGGUGCGGGGGUCAGGAACGGGGAGGAUGGUGGUGCGCCUGUGGCGGCACAGGAUGGCAGCUGGAGCUGGAUAGGAUCACGCAGCCCGCUGAUGGGUAGGCAGGACGAGGCAGAAUGGAUUCACGAGAGACUUGUCAUGAAGCUAGCUGAGGAGCUGCGGAGCGCCAGGAGAGAAGGAGGCGAGGGGUGAGACACCUAUUCUUUUCUAAUUACUUGGAUUUCAAGCGCAUGGUUACCCAUUUCCAUCGAGACGCCAACGCAUCUCAGCAACUCAGUUCCCGAUAGCCUCUCAGGAAAACAAAGCAGAGAGGAGAGAACAAAAAGUACGGCGAGGAGACGUGGCAAGUCCCUCACUCGAUAGUCCCAUCAGUCGUCGUCUAGAGGUUCGUCAUGAAAUAUAGUUCUUCAUCCA